CUUCUUUCGACGACACCUGCCGCAUCCAUUCGACAAGUGCCGAAUUAACAUCUUGCAUCUUCAUCCGUAAUUGACCACACCAUAUAGUAUGGCCGCCAGUUAUCGAGGAUCAGAGGAGCCUUCACCUGAGAUCCCGUCUACGCAAUUCAUCCCCGAAGCCAACGAUGCGGACAACCUGUAUGAAGCUGUAGAGAUUAUGGACGAGAGAGGGGCACCUGUAGACGGGGAAUACCUCAUUAAAUGGUCCGGCACGGACGAGUACGGUCGUCCAUGGAAACCAUCAUGGGAAAAGAAGAGUGGAUGUACGGACGCGCUCAUUAUGGAGUGGAAGGAAAAGAAGAGGCGACAUCCAACGAUUGUCGGGAAGGAAGGCGAAAAGUUGAAGAAGUUAGAGAAGCAAGAGAGGGCGCCAAAGACAAAGAAGAGGAAGAGGAAGAGUGAAAUAACGGUGAAGAGGGAGCCUGGAGUUACACCUGUGAAGAAGAGUAGGACGUCGGUCGGCAAGGUUGCCGCGCGAUCUACAGCAAGUGUCGACUCUCCUGCAUCAACCUCCAAGGCUGGUCGCAAAAGUAGAGUUUCUCUUGCUUCAAUUUCAGCCGGGACGCUUUCCGAGUCUCCAGCACCCGUUGCCGGUCCCAGUCGUAGUCGUUCAUCUGUCAACGACCAUGAAGAUGUUUCGGAAGACAGCGAGGGGUCAACCCAUGCCACCAGGCGUGGAGGCAUGACCCGCUUCCGGUCUCGAGAAUCACAAAUUGAACCUAACUCUCCGGAAGUUCAACGUUCUCGUGCGCCGUUAUUGAAGUCCUUGUCGGCAAAGGCGACAUCUCCCCCGAAAUCCGAUCAAAGACCGAAGAAAAGUGUCACCACCCUCUCAGGACCAAAAUCUCGAGAAUCUCCGUCCCAGUCUUCUCUGCAACGUACAGUCAUUCCGUCGCAUUUACUAUCUCCUAAUUCUCGGGCACGCAACGGUGACAAAUCCCCAUUGUUUUUGCCGAACAGCAGUCUUGAGUCCAACGAUACUGUUGAGCCCUCUCAUACAAUAGGGUCUGCAGUGACCUCACAGAUUGAAGCUAUUGAACGAUUCUCUAGCCCACCAUUCAUGAGACAUGAAUUACUGGCUCGUGGACAGGAAGAAGUUAGGAGGUUGGCUGAAGGAGGGCGUUCAGGAGUUUAUCGCGCGGGCGACAGCGACGACGAGGAAUUGCAAGUCAUCGCGAAACCUCCAAACAAGGGCAAGGGAAGAGCAAAUGAAAACAUCGAUGACGAUGAAGAAGUUGUCGAAGCCGAUAACAUCCUCUCCUCUCCUAACUUCAACCUCAACGAAUUUCCGUCAUCUAAACGCCCAGCCUCAGUAGCUCGUGGGCCAUCACCUUAUGGCCAACAUCCCGCUGUCGUCGAUUUGGAAAAUGCGAAGAAAAAGGUUACCUUGCUAGAGGGAGAGCUUACUUAUUCGGAGAAAGCAAGAAAAAAGGCAGAGGAGCGCCCCAAGGAUUUUAUCGAUCCUGCGGAGCUCAGUAAAGCCAAGAAGGAUAUCGAGCGGUUAAAAGCAGAGUUGAAGGAUGCCCAGGAUGCUAGAAUAAGCGCCGAAGAUUUGUUGGCUCAUAGCGGUAACGACGAAGCGACAAAGAUAUCGAAGCUACGCGAACAGAUCAACGGCUUGAGGGAACGCCUUAUGGCUGUUCAGGCGGAAAAGGGUGAUCUGGAAGAAAAGCUUAAGGAAAAUCCUGGUUCUAAGGAAUUGGCCGAGGUGCAGAAAGAGUUGGACGAACAGUUAAAGGAAAAGAAGGGUUUGGAGCUGGAAAAAGAAUCCUUCAAAUUGCUUCUCAGCUCGCUCAAUGACGAUCUGGAUGCCGUCAAAAAAGAGUUGCAGAUUUCAAAUGCCCAAAAUGCCAAGCUGGAAAAAAAGGUGAACGAUUCCGACAGCGCAGAGCUUGUCAAGUUGCGGAAAGAGAUAGAAGAUUUGCGAGCCAAACUGGGCAGUGUGACCAUGGAGAAGGAAGAGUUGAAGCAUCAAUUGAUGAACCAUCCUGAUACGGCUGAACUUGCCAAGGUUCGAGAACAAGUCAAAGACUUCAACAGCGUCAUUAACCAGGCUCUCUUCGAGAAGAAAAAGCUCGAGGAAUAUCUUGCCAACCAUCCCGACACUGCUGCCCUCGCCGAUGCCAGAUCCGAACUCAAGUCUCUUUCUUCGCAACUUGAGGAAGCUAAACAAUCCCUUUCAUCCUCCGAUGCUGAAGUGGAACUUCUCCGAGAGCGUAUUGCCUCUGCUGAAAGAUCUCACAAGAACUUGGUCGAGGACAACGCCUUCAUGCGUAAGCAGUAUGAUGAGGCGAGUAACAGGGCAGUCGCGGAAGUACAGCAAGCCAAUCUGCUGCGCGAUCAGAUCAAACACCUGACCGGACAGCUCAAGUUUGGUCUUAAACAGCGUGAAAUCUUUAAUGCAACCGUCGCUGCUCAGCGGAAUGACGAGACCCGCAAACUUCGCGCUCAGGUCAAAGUCCUCCUCGACCAAUCCCGCCGAACAGACGAUGAUAUCCGACAUAAGGCCCAGUUCUACAAGAAGUACAAGGCAGAGUACGACAACAUUGUCCGCACAGCAUCUGAGCAGUCUGAUAAGAUUGAGAGAUUGGAAGAAAGGGUGGAGACCCUUGUGGAUAAGCUAGAAACUCUCAGAGCUGUGAAGAUGGGCGCAUUUGACGUGGAUGAGAGUGAACAUGAGGAGGGUAACAGGAGGAAGACAGUGUCCCCGAUACGGUUUCAUACGCCGGAUGAGGGACCCACGGCUGCGCGACUUCCAUUCCCUGAUACGAGCGCGGACGGCAAUGUGUUUAAUGUACCGGUUCAGCAAGAAGCUCAGGCGAAUGGACCGGUGAUAAAGGAGGGUGGGGAAGGGUAUGUAUGUAAGUGGAGAGUGGGAGAUGAGACUUGUCAGGUUGUUUGCGAUACCGUAGAGGAAAUUCACACCCACGCAAUCGCACACCAAAGGGCGGAGUUGGAGGCUAAGGGAAUAAUCAUAUGAUGAAGCUUAUCAAAGAAGUCAAAAUAAGGAAACAGUAUGCUAAUACUUUCUUAAGUGUGGUAAAUUUUAUAAGACUUAAUAUUCCAGGGCAUGAACCUUUCUUUUUUGAUUGUU